AUGACUGCCAAGAUCUUCAUCACAGGAGCUACGGGCUACAUCGGCGGCGACGCCCUUUACCAGCUUUACCAGAAGCACCCGGAGUUCGAAUACGCGCUUCUCAUCCGAACACAGGAAAAGGCAGACAAGGUGCUCGAGAAGUACCCGAAAGCCAGGAUUGUCAUUGGGGGACUCGAUGAUUCGGAAACCCUGGAGCGCGAGGCAGCAUGGGCUGAUGUCGUACUUCAUACCGCCGACUCUUCAGACCACGCAGGUGCAGCCAAGGCUAUUGCAAAGGGACUCGUAUCAGGCCACUCGCCAUCCCGGCCAGGGUUCUGGCUGCACACAGGCGGCACCGGUAUCCUGACCUACUUCGACUCGGAAGUGAAGAAGACGUUUGGCGAGCACGACGACAAGGUCUUCAACGAUUACGAUGGCGUUGACGAGCUCGUCAAUUUGCCAGCUGCCGCAUUCCACCGCAAUGUGGACGAGAUCGUCCUCGAGACCGGCAACAAGCACACCGAUUCCGUCAAGACUGCCAUUAUUUGCCCUCCCACAAUUUAUGGCCAAGGACGUGGCCCCGUGUCGGGAAGAGGCCGUCAGGUGUACGAAUUGGCUACUUUUGUGCUGAAGGAGGGCUACAGUCCUCGUAUUGGAAAGGGACUUACCCGGUGGAACAACGUUCACGUUCAUGACCUCAGCGUGGUGUUUGAGUUGCUAGUUGAGGCCGCGCUCGACCAAUCUCGAAAGGACGACAAGGAGAUUUGGGGUGCCAAGGGAUACUUCCUCACGGAGAAUGGCGAGCAUGUUUGGGGUGACUUGUCGACGCUGGUUGGGAAGACAGCACAUGAGCAGGGCUUCAUUAAGCAAGAGCCCGAGGUACGGGAGUUGUCUUAUGACGAGGCCGUCAAGUCAUCUGCUGGCUUCGAGGCAGCUAGUUGGGGUUUGAACUCUCGGGCUUCUGCCUUGCGUGCGAAGAAGGUUCUCGGAUGGAAGCCUCAGGAGAAGAGUCUGGAAGAUGAAGUGCCGACCAUUGUCAAGUCUGAGGCAGCUAGAUUGAAGCUCUAG